AUGUCGUCCGGGGGCAAAGAGGGAGGCGGGGGCUCCCCCGCCUACCACCUCCCGCACCCACACCCACACCCACCCCAGCACGCCCAAUAUGUGGGCCCCUAUCGGCUGGAGAAGACGCUGGGCAAAGGACAGACAGGUCUGGUUAAACUUGGGGUCCACUGCAUCACGGGCCAGAAGGUCGCCAUCAAGAUCGUGAACCGGGAGAAGCUGUCUGAGUCGGUGCUGAUGAAGGUGGAGCGGGAGAUUGCCAUCCUGAAGCUCAUUGAGCACCCACACGUCCUCAAGCUCCACGACGUCUACGAGAACAAGAAAUAUUUGUACCUGGUUCUGGAGCACGUGUCUGGAGGUGAGCUGUUCGACUACCUGGUAAAGAAGGGGAGACUGACCCCCAAGGAGGCCCGGAAGUUCUUCCGUCAGAUAGUGUCGGCGCUGGACUUCUGCCAUAGCUACUCCAUCUGCCACAGAGACCUGAAGCCUGAGAACCUGCUUUUGGAUGAGAAAAACAACAUCCGCAUCGCAGACUUCGGCAUGGCGUCCCUGCAGGUGGGGGACAGCCUCCUGGAGACCAGCUGUGGGUCCCCCCACUAUGCGUGUCCAGAGGUGAUUAAGGGGGAAAAAUACGACGGCCGCCGGGCGGACAUGUGGAGCUGUGGAGUCAUCCUCUUCGCCCUGCUUGUGGGGGCUCUGCCCUUCGACGAUGACAACCUCCGGCAGCUGCUGGAGAAGGUGAAACGGGGUGUCUUCCACAUGCCCCACUUCAUUCCUCCGGACUGCCAGAGCCUCCUGAGGGGGAUGAUCGAAGUGGAGCCCGAGAAAAGACUCAGCCUGGAGCAAAUUCAGAAACAUCCCUGGUACUUGGGCGGGAAACACGAGCCAGACCCGUGCCUGGAGCCAGCCCCAGGCCGCCGGGUGGCCAUGCGGAGCCUGCCAUCAAACGGAGAGCUGGACCCUGAUGUCCUGGAAAGCAUGGCUUCACUGGGCUGCUUCAGGGACCGCGAGCGGCUGCACCGCGAGCUGCGCAGCGAGGAGGAGAACCAAGAGAAGAUGAUAUAUUACCUGCUUCUGGAUCGGAAGGAGCGGUAUCCCAGCUGUGAGGACCAGGACCUGCCUCCCCGGAAUGAUGCUGACCCGCCUCGGAAGCGUGUGGAUUCCCCUAUGCUGAGCCGUCACGGGAAGCGGCGGCCGGAGCGGAAGUCCAUGGAAGUCCUGAGCAUCACGGAUGCCGGGGGUGGUGGCUCCCCGGUGCCCACCCGAAGGGCCCUGGAGAUGGCCCAGCACAGCCAGAGAUCUCGUAGUGUCAGCGGAGCCUCCACUGGUCUGUCGUCCAGCCCUCUGAGCAGCCCAAGGAGUCCAGUCUUUUCCUUCUCGCCGGAGCCCGCUGGCGAUGAGGCCCGGGGUGGGGGCUCACCGACUUCCAAAACGCAGACGCUGCCUUCUCGGGGCCCCAGGGGUGGGGGCGCCGGGGAGCACCCCCCGCCCCCCAGUGCCCGCUCCACACCCCUGCCCGGCCCCCCAGGCUCACCACGCUCCUCCGGGGGGACCCCCUUGCCCUCACCCCUGCACACGCCGCGCGCCAGCCCCACUGGGACCCCGGGGACAACACCGCCCCCCAGCCCCGGCGGCGGCGUUGGGGGAGCCGCCUGGAGGAGUCGUCUCAACUCCAUCCGCAACAGCUUCCUGGGCUCCCCACGCUUUCACCGGCGCAAGAUGCAGGUUCCCACUGCCGAGGAGAUGUCCAGUUUGACGCCGGAGUCCUCUCCAGAGCUGGCAAAACGCUCCUGGUUCGGGAACUUCAUCUCCUUGGACAAAGAAGAACAGAUAUUCCUCGUGCUAAAGGAUAAACCUCUCAGCAGCAUCAAAGCGGACAUCGUCCAUGCCUUCCUGUCGAUCCCCAGCCUGAGUCACAGUGUGCUGUCACAGACCAGCUUCAGGGCUGAGUACAAGGCCAGCGGUGGCCCCUCCGUCUUCCAGAAGCCCGUCCGCUUCCAGGUGGACAUCAGCUCCUCUGAGGGUCCAGAGCCCUCCCCCCGCCGGGACGGCAGUGGUGGUGGUGGCAUCUACUCUGUCACCUUUACUCUCAUCUCCGGUCCCAGCCGUCGGUUCAAGCGGGUUGUGGAGACCAUCCAGGCUCAGCUGCUGAGCACUCACGACCAGCCCUCCGUGCAGGCCCUGGCAGACGAGAAGAACGGCACCCAGACCCGGCCUGCCGGGACCCCGCCCCGAAGCCUGCAGCCGCCGCCGGGCCGCCCAGACCCAGAGCUGACCAGCUCUCCCCGCCGAGGCCCCCCUAAGGACAAGAAGCUCCCGGCCACCAAUGGGACCCCCCUGCCCUGA